CCCGUGGCGGCCGGGACCUCGCGUGUCCCUGCAUCGUGGCCUGGGCUACAUUUUUCAUGAGCCUGGGGUGAACAGGUGCGAAGUGCUCCGGGAGCCUCGGGCCGGCGGCCGGGCGCAGGGAACAUGGAGAACGAGCGCGAUAUGUACCGCCAGUUCCAGGACUGGUGCCUUAGGACUUACGGGGACUCAGGCAAGACCAAGACGGUGACCCGUAAAAAAUACGAGCGGAUCGCCCAGCUCCUCAACGGCUCCGAGUCAAGCUCCACGGAUAACGCCAAAUUUAAAUUCUGGGUCAAAUCGAAGGGCUUCCAGCUGGGCCAGCCGGACGAGGUCCGCGGCGGAGGCGGCUGCGCCAAGCAAGUGCUCUACGUGCCGGUCAAGACCACGGAUGGCGUAGGGGUAGACGAGAAGCUGUCUUUACGGCGGGUAGCUGUGGUUGAAGAUUUCUUUGACAUUAUCUAUUCGAUGCAUGUGGAAACAGGGCCAAAUGGAGAACAGAUUCGUAAACAUGCCGGACAAAAGAGAACUUACAAAGCAAUUUCAGAGAGCUAUGCCUUCCUACCAAGAGAAGCGGUGACACGGUUUCUAAUGAGCUGCUCAGAGUGCCAGAAACGAAUGCAUUUAAACCCAGAUGGAACAGAUCAUAAAGACAAUGGAAAACCUCCUACUCUAGUGACCAGCAUGAUUGAUUACAACAUGCCCAUUACCAUGGCCUACAUGAAGCACAUGAAGUUACAGCUGCUAAACUCACAGCAAGAUGAGGAUGAAAGUUCAAUAGAAAGUGAUGAGUUUGACAUGAGCGAUUCAACACGGAUGUCGGCUGUGAACUCUGACCUUAGCUCCAAUCUUGAGGAGAGAAUGCAAAGUCCUCAGACACUGCAUGGCCAGCAAGACGAUGAUUCUGCUGCAGAGAGUUUUAAUGGCAAUGAGACUCUGGGGCACAGUUCAGUGGCUUCAGGGGGAACGCAGGGCAGGGAGACAGGAGACUCCAACAGCGAUGGCAAGGCUGUGCUGGAACGGGAUGAACAGCCACUGAACUUGAGUGACAGUCCCCUGUCUGCGCAGCUGACUUCGGAAUACAGAAUAGAUGAUCACAGCAGUAAUGGAAAAAACAAAUACAAGAAUCUUCUAAUUUCUGACCUCAAGAUGGAACGAGAGGCUAGAGAAAAUGGAAGCAAGUCUCCUGCACACAGUUACUCGAGCUAUGACUCUGGCAAAAACGAGAGUGUUGACAGAGGUGCAGAGGACCUGUCACUCACCAGGGGGGAUGAGGACGAAGAUGACCACGAUGACCACGAUGAUUCUGAGAAAGUGAACGAGACAGAUGGUGUGGAAGCGGAGCGGCUGAAAGCUUUUAAUAUGUUUGUCAGGCUGUUUGUAGAUGAAAACUUGGACCGAAUGGUCCCAAUCUCUAAGCAGCCCAAAGAAAAGAUCCAAGCUAUCAUUGACUCAUGCAGGCGACAAUUCCCUGAGUACCAAGAGCGUGCCAGAAAACGUAUACGUACUUACCUCAAGUCCUGCAGGCGGAUGAAAAGAAGUGGUUUUGAGAUGUCUCGUCCUAUUCCUUCCCACCUUACUUCAGCAGUUGCCGAGAGCAUCUUGGCUUCGGCCUGCGAGAGCGAGAGCAGAAAUGCUGCCAAGAGGAUGCGCCUGGAUAAACAGCAGGAUGAAUCUGCACCAGCUGACAAACAGUGUAAGUCAGAGACCACGCAGGCUACUUACUCAACAUCCACUGUUCCAGGCUCACAGGAGGUGUUGUACAUCAAUGGAAAUGGGACGUACAGUUACCAUAGUUACAGAGGGCUAGGAGGAGGACUGCUGAACCUCAAUGAUGCUUCCAGUAGUGGACCCACCGAUCUCAGCAUGAAGAGGCAGUUGGCGACGAGCUCAGGAUCCUCCAGCAGUUCCAGCUCCAGACCUCAGCUGAGUCCCACCGAAAUCAAUGCUGUGAGACAGUUGGUGGCAGGAUAUCGGGAAUCGGCUGCAUUUUUAUUGCGUUCUGCAGAUGAACUGGAAAAUCUCAUUUUACAACAGAACUGAGUCAAGUGAUGACCAUAUUCACUGAGUUCUGAAUUUGCAGUUUCCACUAAUGACAUUUUGAUUUCCCAGCAGAGAUAUUUCCGGUCUUGCUGCACAAUCUUUUAAGAGAAAUACUUCCAUUAUGCCACAUUGUCCUUGGUACAUAAAGUGAUGUGUUAAGGUGCUUCAAAGGAACUCUGACCUCUGAAGUACUUGUGAUAUUUAAACGUGUCCAGCCUAUUGCUUUUCAUUUUAAUGUGUCAGCAUAAAUAUCAUGGGCAAAACAGGCUACAUUUCUUAAUUCAAGGAUAAAACAGAAGAGAAGCUUGUGGUGUAAAAAAAAAAGAAAAGUUCAAGGUCCAAGUGCAAUGAAAUAUUAGUGGAAUCUGCUAUUGACUCAAUGGACUGAAAGCUGAAGUAUCUGGCAAAAAACAAAAAAAAAGCCAAAUUUCUUGUUGCUACAGGAUAUAACAACAAUGAAAAGGAUCUUGUAUUUUAAAAAAAAUAAGUAAUUUUUAUAAAAGAAAACUUGUUUUGCAUUCAGAAUUGUCAUUUUUACUUUGGUAACUUUUUCAUAGAUCCUAAAAGAGAACUGUUUUGAGAAACUAUUGUUAAGUACCUUUUCCACAUCCCUUUUGCCUUCUCCUCUUUCCAAAUUCUUUCUACAAAAAAAAAAUUAAUAACAGUUGAUGCUGGAAAAUCCCUUUCCUACGUUCUGUAAAUCAUCACACCAGGAACUACUUGCAAGAGAGGCCUGCAAUUCUGCACUUAACGCUGAUCUCAAAACACCCACUCCACACUGCAACCUUACCCUAGCAGUUUUCAUCACAGAAUUUCUUAAACAUUAAAAAAAGAUGUGUUGGAAAAGGAUCACACCUUGGUUUCCUUGGAGCUGCUCACUCCUGUGUUUCCCUGCUGUCUCACAAGAAGGCCUGGAGCAGCAAUUGGAUAUAGAUGACUGAAUGUGUUAAGAGGUUGCAAGUGACAAUCUGAAAUUUUGCACUCUUGUGUGUAGUUUUCUUUUCAUUUCUCUCUUUCAGAAAAUACAUUCCAAAAAAGACCGUCAUGCCUCCUGAUAUGAUUUGUAUAAUUUACAGUCUUAGCUAAAAAUAAAGAACUCCUCAGAGGGUGCAGCUGCAACUUACAAAGAACUGUUCCCUCCUACUGAACAUACUUUGGCCCUUCUUUCUUCUUUUCCUAGUCUUAGCUACCCAUGAGUGGUGUUUUCUUUGUGCACUGAAGCAAGUCUACUUUUCAAGUAUUUAGGAAGAAGUACCUUAGUUCAUGCUUCUGGUACAAUUUUCUUUUUCUGUUGUUUAGUUUUGAUUGGAUUACAAAUUAUUUGUGAAUUCCUGAGUUUGCCUUAUUUCAUGUAAAAUUUAUGUCAUUCGGUUUUUGACCAUGAGUUGAAGGCAUCAGUGAUAUUUCUUACCUACUUGUUACAUAUAGUUUUUCAAGUAAUGACUGUGAUUGUGACCAAGUAAUGUGCACUUUUUCUUGUAACUGUGGACAUUGCUAUGCUUUCUACUUCUAGUGGCUCUAGAAUUACUGUUCCUUACAGUUAUGUAAACAAGAAAACCCCCACAACUUUUGUGAUACUGUUGGUGAAUAUAAUGUGAAAAUCUUAUUGAAAUAUGAGUAUUUUGGAAAUACACAGACGCACAAACAUCUUUUAAGAUGUGAAUUUAGAGUUUGCUUAUUUAAAAGAAAAUUCAAAAACUGAGGGCUGGUAUAAUUUUCUCUGUUUUUGUUUGGUUUAAUAAACAGACUUCUGUGUUAAAA